CACGAUCAAACCCCCUGAAUUUAAUAAUUUCUAAAAACAUUACACAAGUCUCACAACUUUUUGUUAAUUAAUUAAGUGAAUAAGCAGUUUAAGAGCUUAAAAAUAUUCUGAAAUCAUGCCUGAAAAAAUGGAUACAUUUAAUCCAGCCGUUCCUACAUAUGAGGGAGGCAGAAUCGUGAAAAUGGAAGUAGAUUAUAGCAGCACAUGUGAUGAAACUAUACCCAAGUGCAAGGAAAUGGCAAAAAAUGACCUCAAAUUCAAUGAUGCACUGGAAGUCUUACUUUCAUUAGAGAAGCAAGCUCGUAUCGGAUCAGAUAUGAUGUCUAGUGCUCGUAUUUUAGUAGCCAUCGUUCAAAUCAUUUAUGAUGCAAAGAAAUGGGAUUUGUUGAAUGAAUACAUUUCAGUUUUAGCUAAGAAGCGAUCACAGUCCAAACAAGCAAUUGUUAAGAUGGUCCAAGAAUGUGUAAUUUAUGUUGACCAAACACCAGAUAAGGAGACAAAGAUCAAAUUAAUUGAUACAUUAAGAGUUGUAACUGAAGGAAAAAUCUACGUUGAAAAUGAGCGAGCUCGUUUGACGAAAAUCCUUUCAGAUAUUAAGGAAGCUGAUGGAGAUAUUCUUGGUGCCGCAACAAUAAUGGAAGCUUUACAAAUCGAAACUUAUGGUACUAUGGAUAAGAAAGAAAAGGUUGAAUUCAUUCUCGAGCAAAUGCGAUUAUGUUUAGCUAAGCAUGAUCUCGUUCGUACUCAAAUUAUCUCCAAGAAAAUCAAUACAAAGUUCUUCAAUGAUUCUGAACAUCAGGAUCUUAAAUUAAAGUAUUAUGAAUUGAUGAUUCUUUUGGAUCAAGAUCAAUCAUACAUUAAGACAUCAAGAUACUACCUUGCAAUUGCCGAUUCUGAAUGUAUCUCAAGUUGUGCCGCAAAGCGCAAGCCUGUCAUGAUAAGUGCUGUACUUUAUUGUAUUUUAUCUCCUUAUGAUAAUGAGCAAGUCGAUUUGAUGAAUAAUUUAUACAAGAAUAAGAGUUUGGAGGAAAUACCCAUAUACAAGGAACUUUUGAAGCUCUUCCUCUGCAAAGAACUCAUUAAUUUUGAUGCCCUUAAUCAACUGUAUGGAAAGGAAUUAUUGACUCUAACUGUCUUCAAUAAAGAAACAGCACAUGGAAAAAAGAGCUGGGAGGAACUGAAGAAUCGUUUAAUCGAACAUAAUGUUCGCAUAAUUGCAAGUUAUUAUACGCGCAUCAACAUCUCGAGAAUGGCUGAGCUUUUGGAUCUCGAUGAACUUAAAACCGAAGAAGUCCUAGCUAAACUCGUCAAUAAUGGAACUUUGAAAGUGAAAAUUGAUCGACCUUCAGGAAUCAUUUACUUUACUCAAAAGAAGAGCCAAUCAGAAAUCCUCAAUGACUGGUCAAGUGGGCUGAACGAAUUAAUGGCUUGUGUCAAUAAAACUACGCAUCUCAUCCAGAAAGAAGAAUGCUUAAAUCAAUUGUUAAAGUAAAGAAAAGGAAUAAUUAUUAAUCAUCAUAAUUUUUUUUUAUUAAAACGAUUAAAACUUUAAAAUUGGAUUCUAAUAAAGAAUUUUUUUCUGAUUAAAGAAAA